AUGGCUCGCUCUACCGCAGAAGCCACUUGCGCCCCCACAUCAAUUGCUGCAGGUCCUGCGACCAAAUUGAUUGCCAGUAACUUAUCCAACCGGCUGGUCACCUUAGCCAUUGUAGCCUCAAUGGCCGCCGCCACGCUUUUUCCAUUGUCUACCGGCCAGGCUUCAGCUCAACAGCCGCCUGCAAGCGAUGCACCUUAG